ACACCAAGGCGGGGUGCGCUGGCCUAUUUAAAGCACACCACAGACAGAUGCUGCACUGCACCAGCAGUACAGAGCCUUUACAUCCAUAUUUGAGCCUUGUAUAGGUCUGUGGUUGGAUUUAUGGUCAAGUUGCAUAGCAAUGGACGACUCUCCCUAUACAAUAAAAUUUGACACUGGUACUGGACCGGAAAAAGAAAUACUCUUCACCGUUGACUCACAUCCAUCCACCAACAUUAUCUCUACUGGUGACGUCACUGGACAAAUCAAUCUGUACUCCUAUACCUCAAAUCAACCAUGUAAGCUGCUGCACUCCUUCAAUCAUCUUGAGAGCAAGAGUUCUUGCCGUGAACUUAAAUUCUCAUCCAAAGGAAAUAGACUUUUCUGUGGAACUCAAGGUAAGGAAAUAAUCUCCAUUGAUGUAGAGACAGGGCAGCUACUGAGAUCUAUUGGAAAAGCACACAGCGCCUCAGUUUAUUCGAUGCUGACAGUAUCUGAAGGUGUGCUUGUUUCUGGAGACGAAAGUGGAGAAAUAAAGAUUUGGGACACUCGGUCGUGGAAGGCACCCUUCUGUUUCAAUGAGAGUCAUGACUUUAUUUCGAGCAUGGCUGUUGAUGAUACAAGGAGGACACUGCUUGCUGCGAGUGGUGAUGGAACUUUGUGUGCAUUUGACCUCAGGCAGAGACUGUUAGACCAGCGCUCAGAUUGUAAUGAGAGUGAGCUGCUUUCACUGGCCAUAGUAAAGGGUGGAAAGAAGGUUGUGUGUGGAGACGGAGAAGGCACUCUCAUGAUAUAUAACUGGGGCCUGUGGGGAGACAUCACUGACAGAUUUCCAUGCCACCCUCAGUCCAUAGACUGUAUGCUUGCUCUCAAUGACUCAGUAGUUUGUACUGGUUGCAUGGACGGCAUGAUCAGGUCUGUACAGAUCCUCCCUAACCAGACGUUGGGUAUAAUUGGAAAACAAUCACCAACUGCAUUAUCAAUAGAUGCAAUGUGUCUGACACAUGACCGUGAAUUCCUUGCCACGAGUUCACAAGACUGUCUCAAGUUCUGGCCAGUAGGAGCUAUUCCUACCCUUCCUUCAGACGGACCAUCCGGUAAGAGGAAAACAAAAGCAGAGGUUGCAGAUCGAGACGACACAUAUUUAAGAAAAAAGAGAAAGAAACAAAGGAAAGAGGACAAUAGUGAUGUUAAUUUUUUUGCUGAUCUUUGAUCAAUUAAUAUCAUAUACACGCUAUAAAACGUAUUGGAGUAUUGGACAAUUCAC